AAAAAAAAAUAAAAGUUCGCAGCAGCAGUUUUGUGUUCGUUCGGUCAGUCCAGUUUAACUUUCCUUCAGGAAAAAAAGUCCUCUUCUCUUUAUCAAUAAACUCGGUCCGGCGGUGGUUUUGUGUGCAUAGGUAAUUCCCAAAAGCCUAUAAAUAGCUCCAUAUGCAACGCUAACAAACACGGUGGCAGGUCGUUCGUUCGUUUCGUUUCUCUCCGCGUUCCGAUAAGACUUAGUGUCCCCAUCCGGCAGCUCCAUCUUCCUGCUCCUGAGUCCCGAGAGUGUGAAUCAUUUUAUUUGUCCGUCCGUCCGUCGUCGAAGAAGCCAAACAACAAAAAACAACAACGCGGCAGCAGCAAUGAUAACCGUCGAGCAGAUCGCGGCCAAAUACCCGCUCCACUGGUUCGUCUGGAACAAUGACUUCCGGGAGCUGCAGCAGGCCCUCGAGAAGGGGGAGCAUGACCUGGAGCAGUUGGACCCGAGGGGACGUACGCCGCUCAUGCUGGCCGUUAAACUGUGCCACUUGGAGUGCGUCAAGGCACUGCUCGGAGCCAAGGCAAACGCAAACUUCGAACACGACGGAUGGUCCGUGGUCCAGGAAGCGGUCUGCUCCGGCGAUACCCAGAUCCUCACCGCCGUGCUGGAAGUUCGCGAUCUCCAGCGCCACAUCAAGCGCGUCUCGCACGUGCCCCAGCUGCUGCAGCACCUUCAGGACACGCCCGACUUUUACGUCGAGAUGAAGUGGGAAUUUACGAGCUGGGUUCCGCUCAUGUCGCGGGUUUGUCCCAGCGACACGUACAAGGUGUACAAGCGCGGCUCGAACGUCCGGAUCGACACGACGUUGCUUGGGUUUGAUAACAACAGUUGGCAGCGGGGCAAUCGGAGUUAUAUUUUUAAGGGGCAUGCCGAGACGGCUACGAUGAUCGAGAUUGACCACGAUACGGGGGAGGUUUCGGUGGAGCACAUGCGCAACCUGGAGGCGGAAGCGAUCGAUGGGAUUCCACCGUCGAAGGAAUCGGUGGCGUUGCGACUGCAGGCGCCGGUGAUCUGCAAUCACAUCGACAUGGACAAGAUUAGCUUCGAGCGGAACAAGUCCGGGUUUUGGGGCUGGCGCAGCGAAAAGUCGGAGAACAUUAACGGGUACGAGUGCAAGGUGUACGGCGCGAGUAACGUGGAGUUUAUCACGCGAACUCGGAACGAACAUCUGAGUGAGGAGCAGGCACGUAUCAAGAGUUCGCGAACUCCACUGCAACACUUUCUGGGAAUGGCCGAAGAGGACUACGACCACGCCGGUUCGAAUGCCUCGCCAAGUGCACUUAAGGAUUCCUGCGCGUCUCCGUUGCUGGUCGACAGCAACACCAACAGUCCGGUCCACGAGCCAACGACGUCGUCCUCGUCCAGCAGCAACGAUUCCGCGAUCGCCAAAGCUCCGAGUCCGGAGGAGUACUUCUCCGAGGGAUUGGACCUGCAAGGACGGGACGUGGGCAAACCAAAGAGAGUUGCGGCCAAAGUACAGCGCUUCAAGGCCAACAUUUGGCUCGGGGAUGAUUUCCCGAUCAAGCUGCAGGAGCAAGUGUUGCCGAUUCUGGAUUUGAUGUCGACGAUGGCCAGUCCGCAUGUGUCAAAGCUGAAAGACUUUAUCACGAUGCAGCUUCCGUCCGGGUUUCCGGUCAAAAUUGAAAUUCCCCUCUUCCACGUGUUGAACGCGGUCGUCACGUUCGGCAAUGUGUUUGCGAUCGAAACGCCGGUCGCGAAUGUGACCUCGAUCGAGGAGUCGGACGACCGGACCAGCUGCGUCAUCGACGACUGCUGCUUCGACGUGCCGGCCGAGUACGUGCGCCGAUCGAGCAGCGAUUACCGCCGUCAGGUCACCUUCGAGGACGAGGACGAGCUGAUGCAGUUUGCGAUCCAGCAGAGCCUCGACUCGGGCAGCGAAAACGACGAGGUGGACAUCUGGGAGGCACUCCGCGCCCAGCGACCCCUCACGCCCAACUUUUACGAGGACGAGCAGCUGCAGAGCCCUGUCAAGACGGCAGACAGCAAGAAGGGUGGCGGCAACAACUCACUCAAGACCAGUGUGCUGUCGAAUUCGCUCACCAAAAGCCCGCUGAAGAAGUUGUUUAGCAAAAGCAGCUAGAAAAAGACGAGGCUGGGCUGGGUUUUGUAGUUCAUUUCGCUAUGGAAGUAGUUUUGUGCCUUGGUAGAGAACUUGCUGACGCUUUGCGCAGAGUUGGAAAAAAAUGCUUGAAUCCGAAUGUAAACUGUAACACCAACAUAUUACUGUAGAUUAAUAAAACUAGUUUUAAAAAAUCAUUUAUUUAUCCUGAGGUGGGCACUACACGACGCGAAUCCCAUACUCAUAUAAAUAAGUAUUUAAAAUUAGUGUUUAAAUUUAAAAUUCAAAAAGAAAAGACUGUUCUGCUGUCCUUACUCAAACGAGAAUUCAGCAAGAUAAGUAAAAAAAUCGCUAUUGUACAGGAUUCAGUACCACACCUUUUUUCAAACUUACAAAUUUGGUUAAUGUGCUAUCCCAUUACGAACCUGUUUCCAGAAAUUAACGCAAACUAUUUGAGAAACUUGCAAACUGCCAAAGUGACAUAGAUCAUACAUAAUUUGUGUAAUAUUUGGUUCGAAGGGAGCUGCAAGAUGUUUAAAUUACAAGUUUUUGGAAAAAAUGAGCAGGAAUCAAAAUUGUAAUUUUCAAGGUUUUUGCAAUUCGACUUCUUUUCGUAUUUUUAUUAGAAUGAAACUAUUACUUUAGAACGGUGUAAUUUAUUUUUAAAAAACGUUAAGUCAUUUUCUAUUGUAAAUUCUUUUCAGCAUUUAAAAUGAUUAAAACAUUUCUUUUGACAAUAUUUUCGCUUUCUUUAACAAACAUAUUUUUUUUUUCAAAAUUCAUGUCUCUGGUACCAGAUUCUGCCCCGUCCUAAACUCUAGCGAAAAAGAUGCCUUUUUUAGCGCAUAAAAAAUAUUUAAAAAAAUUAAAAAGUACUUGUUUUGGAAUUUCUACUUUUAGUACCGUCAUCUGGGGCGCUUUAGCCAGGUUCUUGCUCUACAUUUUGAUAUUUUUAAUUGAUUUCGGUUAGAAUAGGUACAGUUCAACUAAAUUUGUGCAUCGACUUCCUUAUUUGAGGCUUUAGAAUGCUUUAAAAACUGCUAUCCCUAUUCAGACUGUGGUCCCGAUUCGUCCCAGUUGACGGUUAUAAAAUAAAAAUGUUUUUCCCCUAAGCUUAAUCAUAAUCUACAACUUUGUCGAAGAUACCAAAUCGAUAAAAAAAACCAUUUCCAAGAUACAUAAUUUGGAAUACCGCCAUUUUGUAUGACCAGCUUGGAGCCUGGUGUGGAAUAUCUAAUUAUGAAAAAUGCCAUAUUUUGACGUUUAAUUUUUUUGACGUAGGGGAAAAAAUAAUCCAAACAAAAAAAGGAACAACUCGUCUCUUUGUAUUCAUAGUAAUGCAUUCUGCUAAAACGCUCAACCAAACCACAAAAAAAACACAAAAUUAAAAAUCUCGAAUCAAAAUUCUUUUUUCAUUUCCGUUAUGAACAUUUUUACAUUACCGGUCAUUCUUCAGGCCUACUUGGUUUAGCUCAAAUUUUCAGCACAUGUUUCGAAAAACAAUACUUUUUGUCACUGUUUUGGGUUUUUGAGUUGACCAAACACACGAAAGUUAACCUCAAGCGAGAGAAACGGAGUUGCAAAAAAAAGUUGUAUGGAACUCGUUGCAAAACUCGGAAACCUACAUUUUGCAACGCGUAGAAUUUCCGAUCAACUUGGUGUCUUCGGCAAAGUUAUUAGUUAUGGCUUUACAGGAAAAAAUACUGUUACAUUAAAUGAAAAAAAAAACUUUAAAAUAAAACCAAAUCUGCAAUAGUUGAUUUGAUUUAUUUUUCAGUUUUCAAGACGAAAAAAAACUUUACACUCAGGAAAACAAAAAUGUCCCACAUGAAUUUGAAUUUUAAGUCAAAAAUGGUUAUGGUGUUACAUUUUUUUUUUUUCAUUUCGCAUUUAACACCUUAUAUUUACUUGAAAAAUUGUUCAAAAUUGAUGAACAAUAAAAAUCAGGAAAAAUGUACAAAAUUUUAAAAAGAAAAUAUUUUGUUAAUCUCUUUGGAAGACACUUAAAAAACUAGCAUUCCCAGAUUUAAUUCGUAACCUGGCCCCAUACAUGUUGCCAUAAUCGUAAUCUUGUCCUGUCCUCUAAUGGGACAUUUUAGCGAUUAUUUUUCACUAUAGGUUUUUUUUUGAAUUGAACAAAUUGUUGAUUCUUUUGGUUUGGUCGAAACUUAGUAAAUAAAUAAUACAGUUGUUCCACGUCAAACCAGUAGAAUACAAAUCCGAGUGCUCCUAUUUGGCUCAAACAUUGCCUAGAGUGGUCCAAAAAGGGCGUUUUUUGACAUUUUCUAGAAUAAUAUCCCCGUUCCAGGCAGAACAUAAUUUGAAAUUUAAUUUUAGCUUUUGAAAGAAAGGUUAUUAGUAGGACUAAAAAGCUUUAAAAAACAACUAAAUUUUCCAAUUAAGGUCAAACAAAAAAUUGAAAAAGUAAGCGAUAUUUGUUAGAUUGAAGGUCUCGUAACCAAAUUGUCGAAAAUGCCCAAUCACUUGGCCCAUGACUGCAUUCAAAUGAUUGCUGUCAUCACAAUUACCCACACAAGCAAGAAAGAGAUAGUGUAGUGUCGCCGGACUACUUGAGUGUUGAGAGCGGCAUUCUCUCGUGUCAACUUCGUGUGUAUCAACCGUUGGGC